AUGUUCAGCUCAACAAAUAUUGGCCACUGUCAUCCCUAUGUAGCCAAGAAAGUUAUCGAGCAAACUGAGAAGUUAUCGAUGGCCAAUAUAGCAACGCACAAUGCCACACAUGGGCCCUUCGCUGAAAUGAUGUGCAAGAGAUUCGGCUAUGAUAAGAUGAUUUCCAUGACGUCGGGAACAGAGGCCGCAGAUACGGCAUGCAAAAUUGCGCGCAAAUGGGGCAUCCAGACCAAAGGCAUCUCACCUCAGUCAUGUCUGAUUUUGGGCGUGGGCUCUUCUUAUCACGGGCUUGGCAAGGCCGCCAUGAACGUUAAUCCGACUGACGGUUCACCACUCGCAUACGGUGAUGCUGAGGCUAUGCGUCGAUGUCUAAGUGAACCUCAUGAAAACGUCGCUGCGGUCAUUAUGGAGUGUCUUCACGGCGCAUCUCGAACAGUCGAAGAGGAAAUUGCCUAUGCAAAAGGCAUUUAUGAGCUGUGCCACCAAUAUAACGUGUUGUUCAUCGCCGAUGAAGUCCGUCAAGGUGCAGGAAAGACUGGGAAGUUUCUCUCAUAUGAACACAUAGGCACCGAUUUCAAGCCCGACAUCGUCACCAUGGCAGCUGCAGUUGCUACAAUUGAGGUAAUUGACAGGGAGGAUUUGAUGAAUCAUGCAGUGACCCUUGGAACAAAGUGGAAAGCCAUUUUAGAGCGCUGGAAUCAUCCGAAAAUCGACUACGUCAACAGUAUGGCUGCUGACUCAGACUCGUAUAUUCGUGGCUGUUUUGGGCCCCGUUUAGCUGCGCUCUGUAUGCACAAAGGCCUAUUGGUUUACCCAAGGCCAGACGGACUACGCAUCAGCUUCGCCAUGAACAUGCCGACGGAGGAUCUAUUGAAGGGAGCUGAGAUUAUCAAGGAGGCUCUAGAUGAGAUCGAUGAGUAUGACGAAAUGCCUGGUGAAGACUUCUCCAAGACGAUGGCAAGCGUGGAAGCAUAA